UCUAGGCCGCCGUACCUUAGUGUCGCGCUUUGAUUGCACUGAUACGCAGAACUAGGUGCAGCGAUCUGUAUUUGGAAGGAGAGACCAACCAUCACAUCUACCGAACGAAGGGAAAUCAAUCCGUGCGGUGGUGUACGUACUCUCCGCACCCUACCUGCAAAAUUCUACYAUGAAGACCAGGGCCAAACGCCGGGAAGAGGAACUGUCGAAAAAGAGAACUCACUAUGGCAACGAAUCCAACAACGGCAACGGCAUCGUAAGAGACGACGACGACGAUGACGGCGACGGCGGCGCCAACAACAACGACGAAACCGAUGCUACGGUUGCUGCUAGUACUCGAUAUCGUGCCUAUCCGCAUUGCCCGUACGUCUGUGUGUACUGUGGAACGCCGUGUUCGGCUCUGUACCGGCAACUGACCAGCUCCCUUUCGUCCAUCAAAGCGAUGCACUGCGAAAAAUGCCAGCGAAUCGUUGACCCGUACAUAGAGCGCGAGUGGUUGCUGGUGGUUAUCGACUGCAUCCUGUUGCGGYCGGAGGCGUGGCGACACKUACUUUACAACAACAAAGAAUUGUCGUGGCACGGGGCUCGGGAAAAGGAGGGGGGGGAGAAAGGUGGAGGGACGGGUGAUGCGAGACGAGGGACUGUUCCAGGGGUGAUCGUCCAGGGCCUGAUCCAAGGGACCUUGGCAUCGGGUCUUUUUCACGCCUAUCUGAAACGGCAGACUCUUGUCCACGAUCAUCCGGUACUCAUUCAACAAUAUCAAUACAAUGCUAACGAAACUGGUGAUUCUUGGAUCGACGAGGAGUUUUCGUUUCCUGCACUGCUGUAUGGAAUCUUUUUGGUGACAUCCAUCUUGGACAUAGUUGUGCAAUGGUUGGCUAUUUAUGGAUGCCUAAAGCUACUAUCGGCGGUGACAUCGACAUYAGAUUAUAACGAAGACGACAAUGAACAGAGACGAUCAACAAAAGCAACGGCCAAAAAGCAAAAACUGCAGCAGAGUAAGCUCGAARGACUGUUAGGUCCACCGCGAACAUCGCACAGCCUAGCUUAUCAAAUUUAUUUGGCGUUGCUCCUGCCGACAUCGGCACAGUUGCUAUCCGUUUUGGUCCUCGUCUGGGAAAACUCMAAGAUGACGCGGGCUCUCGGAUCGCUUCUCGUUGCCUGCUGGCAAUCUCUAGCCGUGUCUAUUAUUUCUAUCCACUAUAGUAACAGGAACUACUACUCGUGCCACAACGGUGACAUCAAGAGCAGCGGGAGUCCCGCCAAUGGCAACAGCAGCUGCACCAAACUCGGAAGAAUKCUCGCUUCGGUCAUCCCCGUCCUCGUGGGCGUCGCAUCGUUGAUCGCUUGGCGACUUGGAGUGGUCCAGUUGCUGGCYGCCACUGGUGGGACCGCUGCUCUCCACCCCAUCCCUUGCGUGGGUUUUGAAAUGGACUCAAGCUUCCACUUUUGGRGAGGGGCGCCAUCGGCAUUGCGGCUUUGUCUCACGUGAGGAAACAUAGGGCAGCCAGUCAACUWUUCCUGCUUGCACUAUUUUGAAUAAUAUUUACAGUAAUAAUGAAUUCACCGAAGAACAAGCUGGUGAAUGAAUUGAAUCAUUUCUUGUCCCCCGUAGGAAAAAAAAGACCGCGAUACGAUGCGCCCGUCGYUACAGUAAAUGCCGAACCCACGAUUCAAAACYGUUGCUUCCCGCUGAAAAUCCGAGUCGGUUCUCAAUAGAUAAUCAUAUCCAUC